AUGGCUACGGUUAUGUCUCCCAAUACUCAGCCCAUCUUUGGGAAGAGGAGAGCACAUGAUGGUCUAGAACACGAGCAUAAAAGAGUGAGACUUGACAAGUUGCUCUCUAAACUCAGCCUUGAGCAAGACGAACCUCCUGCAAAGAAACCAUUUAAGAUUGAGCCUGAUAAUAUCGACAUCAACCCAUUGCUUGUUUUUUCAAACGAAGACGCAAGACCGAAGACCACAAUAGACACGUACAUCAGCGAAAGGUUGAUGGCCAGCAUGAGGCAAAAGGCUCAGGAGGGACUCGCUGUAGGGCGGUGGUAUGUGCCAGCUGGGAUUGUGAUAUUGCAUUUCCAGCGGUGGGUUCGCCGAUUAUUUAAUGCCUUCAUCAAGCGGUACAAUGCUGGUCACCCUGAACAGCCUCCUGUGAAGCCAUUUCGGAGCUAUAAAAAGGUGUUGAAUCUUGUUCACUCUGGAGAUGUCAACUUCACAUUUGAAGAUCUACGGCAAAUACUCAAUGAGGAAAACGAUAGGGAGUAUCGGCGGCUAGUAGAAAGAAAAGAGGCACGGGAGAACAAACGGCAAAUUGAAGAAAUUAAGGAAGAAACGAGCAUAUACGCGAACUCAGGAUACACCUAUUGGGAUCGCUUCGCACAGGUAAGCGCAGACAUCGACAUGGAACUGCUGUCUGCGAUGAGUUCCGAGGGGCUGGACCUCGAGAUGAUGGACAUUUAG